UAUAUAAAAGUAGAAAAUUUUGCCAUUUCUAAAACCACGGGUUGAUAUAGUUUUAAUUGAAAAACUGAAUACUACUUGAAACAUUAAAAAAAUGAAAUCUAUCUACGCUUAUGCUUUGUUAUGCUUGGCCGUUGGUUCAGCUUUAGCUGAUACCAAACAAGAUGCCAUGAACAAACUUGCUGAUCAAAUGUUGGGCGGUAUUCUCAAAUCUAGUGAUUUGAAUCCAUUGAAACUUCACAAAGAUUAUGAACAAGAUAUUAUGGAAGAUAUCGGACCUUUGCCAAUCAUGGGACAUCUUAAAAUUUCCAAAGGUGUAAUCCAAGGUUUCAAUACGUUACAACGAAAGGGUGAUUGUAAAAUCGCUAGCAAAAACGGACUAAUCAACAUUAACAUCGAAUUGAUCACCAGCGAUGAAGUCGUAUUAGAUGCUGACAUUUCUGGCAGAAUUGGUUCCUUACCUCAAAUUCCAGCAAUUCCAAUUGUCGCUCAUAUUGAAAACAUGAAUUUUGACAUUGGUUUGGAAGUUGGCGCAAAUGUUACUCUUAAAUCGUUCUAUAUCAAUGAAAUUUCUAAAGUACAUCUCCGAUUGAAGGAUGCUGAACAUAAUAAAUUCAUUGAUGGUAUCCUUGACCUUAUCACCGCAGGAAUUGUUAAAUUGUUCAAUGCACAGAUUAUCGAUGCUGUCGAUGAAACAGUUCGACCAAUCUUGGAAAAUGAAUUGAAAUACAUUCAUCUUUAAUGAUUUAUAGAAUAUUUUUUUUUUCACCGAUUUAAAUAGACUUGAUCAUAAUAAAAUUUUAUAUUGAUUUAUAUU